AAUUGAUAUGACACAUCAUAAUUAUUUUCAUUUAAAGGAUAUUAAAGAGAUUUGAAUCCGUGUUCUUUUAACCAUUUAAGUCAACCUCAAAGAACUAAUUUUUCAGAGAAUUCUUCAAAUCAGGGUGCAGAGUCGCCUUCAUACUCCAUCGAUGACUUGACUUGAGGAAGAAAUAUAAGAACAAACCUGUGUUAAACGUGCCUCUGUAUUAUUUGCAUUCCUUUGUAGUUUCUCUGAAGAAUCCAUCAGGGAGGCAACAACAGAAUUUGCUCACAAACUUGGAGAUGGGAAAGUUGAUCUGCACCGAAAUAAGUGAAGGAGAUGGUUUGGAUCUCACUGGUUUUCUCGUGGCACUCGUUAUAGCUCUCAUCCUCCUGACCAUAUGUGCAACUCCUCCACGGCGAGGCAGGAUCAUAGCUUAUCGUAUUGCAUGAGAAGGUUUGUCAAUUUCUAGUUUUAGCUGUUUUCCAUAGUUUUGUUUAGAUUCAACUGGGGAUUGCUUCCUCUGGCUCCUGCUGAGCUUGGCAUGGGAUAGCUUAGGUCUUGCUCAUCUUCAUCCUGCAGUUGACAAUAGUGCCAGUUAUACAAGAUAUAGUCAUUGUUAUUCUUCGAUUGCAAUUUAAGUUGUCUCAGAGAUUAAAAACGUGUAGAAAUUUUAGUUCCUAAGAUGUAAUAGAGGAAUAAAUUACCAGUUCUAAGCCAGCUCUUUCGAUAGACAAAAGGCCAAUAAAAGCAUCAAAUUACAACUUUAAAGUUAAAACAUAGUUCAAAAAUGCAAACAAGAUGAUGUUUCUCAUAAAUGUUUCUAUCAGUGCAGCACAAUGGUCUAGAAUUUAGUAUUUGAACUUGUGAGCCUCCAUCAAAACUGAGAUGAUAGCAUUGCAACACUCAAUAAACACAUACCCCUUUCUGAGAUUUUGUCAGCUGAAUUAGCUAUCAUUUUGCACCAUAGAAGUGGCAACACAGGAGAUGCCUGGAUAAGUUAUGUAUUUUUGUUAACUGAGCUGCUGGUUGGACUCUCAAACUAUGUGAAACUUUCUUCUUUCUCUUGUUCCUUUUAUCUAUCUUACUGUUAUGUGUAACUGUCUUACCAUCCUGUAGCAAACAUGUAAAGUUAUAUUAAACAGUUAGAUUAUAU